AACUUCUGCCCUUCAAACUUGAAGCAGUCUGCAGCCAAACUUUGGUGUUUUAAUAGUCCAAGAUAUCAGAACCUCUUCAGUCACAACUGACAGCUGUGCAAGAAGACAUCCUUGAUCCUUCAAGCCAGGCUUCAGUCUUCCUUGACUCUCCUUUUUAGUCUCUGAGCAUUUCCCUGUUGCUUUCUCUUUAACCAAAUAUAAUUGAUGUUACAAAUCAGAAUUUACAAUUGCAUUUUGUGUGCAGAUGAGUGAAAAGGAUAAAUAUGUAAAAGUGGCCUAACGGUAAAAGGGAUUAUUCAUGUUAUUAGUAUCAAAAUCAGUAUCUUCCCUCCAAGCCUUGGAAGUUGCAGUCUGCUAGUGUGAAGUGAUUUUAGUAAAAAUAGCAAAAGUUUCAGGGAGAAAGCAACAGUAUUUUUAUAUCAUUUUGUAUAACUAGAUUUAAGCCAAACCAGUGUAAACACUUGAAUUCUGUUCAUAGUCCGGGCUUCAUGAAUAUUUCCAGAUUCUGUCCUUGUAGUCUCAGCUUCUGAAUCCAAGGAUUUACUGUGCAUGGUUAGAUACAGUGUAAUUGAAACCUUAUUGAAAAGGCUGGAAUGAAGCCAAACGGAUAUUCGAUCUUCAGUAGUUUGCUUAAGAUGGCUUGAAUGACAGCUUGAAUGUCCAUCUUAGUGUGUAUAGUUAGUGAAGUAAUCUGUGUGAUCAGCUUCUGAACAGAAUUGGUGACAGCUUUUUCUACUCUUUUAAAUUGAAAAUCAGACACAGAACACUUUUUUUCUGUAGAAAAAAUAUCACUGAAAGCACACAUGUAAACAUUUGAAGUUGAGCUCUAAGUAAUCAGUUUAUUCUUGGAAGUCUGCCUCUUCCAUUCUGCUUCAUUUCCUAGGAUUAUGUGUGUUCAACAAGUUUAAACAGCCAAGAAAAAAAGGUACUUGGAGCCUGAAACAUCCAUCUUUCAGAUAACUGACAGAUGGCAUAGAGCUCCCUAGUACAGAUUUUAGACCAUCCAAGUUAAAUAAAAUCUUUGUGGUAAGCAAGGGGGGGCAUGGCGGAACCCCCAAAACUCAGCCUAAGUAUUUACAAGCCGAAAUAUAAAGAUUUUAAUUAGAUACCUGUCUGCCGCACUAGCGGUAUCACUCACCCAUCCGUAUUGCCCACUUGCUGUUCCUGAUCUAAGCUUAAAAAUUCUGUGCACUGUCAACUUUAAGGUAUGCAGCACCUUGUAUAUUUUAGUUCAUGGAAUUAAUCUCUGCUUUUCUACAAAUUCACUCUACUUUUUAAAAUGUUAAUCAAAAUCUUCCAGUGUUAGUUGCUGAAGGUUGUAAUCUGCCUUACUGAUUUUAAAAAAAUUGGUCUCAAAUGCCUGAAUUUCCAAAAUGGAAGACAAAUCAAAUUUUAUAUAUUUAAUAAAAUAGUAUUUGUGGCUUCAAGACAGUGUAAUUUUGGUUCUGUUCAAUAUUUAGCCAACAGGUUUUCAUUCAUUAGUACACCAAAAAUCCUUUAAGCCUGAAGAAGCACUUGUUCUUUUUUUUUGUUUUUUUCUUUUUGCUUUGAUCUGAUUUCAGCUCUGGGAAACCUUAUGUUUUGAAUUUUUUUUUUUUUCAUAUCUCCAAUGCUUUACUAGUAUUUUCUUGCAGUGGUGCAGAACUUGUCUUACGUGUAGCAUCCUCUUGUGGACCAUCGUAAUUGUGAAAUAGGCACUCUUGCUGUAUUUUCCGCAAUGUAGCGUUUGGCUAUAGAUUCUCAGGAGCAGUCAUCUUUGUGUUAAAUUCCCAUCACUUCCUGUUGUGUUAAUAAAUACUAUAGUAUUGUGGUAAGACCAUCAGAAGGAAUCAUCCCCUAAUGUGACCAGCUUCCUGUAUCUCUUUAUUUUGCUGGAACAUAGAUCUGCAAAGAUGCAGGUGUUGAUGAAGCUUGAAGAAACCUGUGCCCUUUUAUAGUUAAAAAUACAGAUAGAUCCAUAUUACUUGUUAGUGAGGAACAAUAAUAAUAAGGUACUUGUAGGUCAGUUAAAAUAAAAAUGAGAAAAAAAAUAGAUUUAAAAUGGUUUCUUCAAAUCUAGUGAACAGCAACGUAGCAAUAUAAGCUAGGGAAGCUGGAUAUGAUCUUUUUCUGAAACCUCUGGAGCUUUAAUGUUUCUCAGACUCAUUUUGUAUCAAUAGAGUCUGUCUACUUUGAUAGAAUUUAGUCUUGAUUUAUAUGGGGUAAGCAAGGCUGAAACAUAAUAUUUCAAAGUUUUAUGGUUAGAUGGUAGGAUUUUUGAUGUUUUGAGAUACCAGUAGUUUCUUGACUACGUUAAUGGCCUCAAAACAAUCUUGAGUGUUUACAUCUUCAGUUCUGCAGUGAAGGAGAAUGAGAGUUUCUUUAAGCACGUUUUUAACAUUUUUAAGAUCUUGCAAAGUAGGUAAGUCAGCAGAUAGUUAGCAGAUCCUAAACUUAAUAGGAACAUACAUACAUAACUUAGGAGUCUUUCCUUAGAAUCUUACAGAAGGGAUUUAUAGGAUAUUGCAUCAAGAACAGGAUUUGUGGUUCAAUGACCAAGCAUUUAAUUGAAUUGCUUUUAAAUUAGCUCUAUUUUCUAUGGAAUUUAACAAUCAAGAAUUCAGUAAAUUACUUUUCAGUAUUAACAAACAAAUCACGCUUUUCAUAAUACUUCUGCUGUCUUUCUGGAUUUUCCUCAGCCAGAUCAAAAAAAUAUAUGUUUAUAUAAUAUGAAAAAAGUGAAAGAUAAGUGGGUAAUGCAGGAGCUCUUUCUGCUUCAUUGGAAAGCAGAUCAUGAGUAGUUGUGCCACGUUCAUUAUUGGAAGAAAGGGUUGUAAAGAUAAUUACUACCAAUUAGCAGUCUCUAGAAAUAGAUUUACUAAGGUGUUUAACCUGUCUAAUUUUGAAAUUCCCCUUUUUUCCAAAAUAGUUUCACAGAGAAAUUGUAUGUGAUAGUGUGAUUAGGUACUAAUAUUACCUAUCAGCUACCUACCUAUUACCAAAAUACUUCAGCAAAAUAGUUAGAAGUUACAGUUUUACUUUAGACUCAGUGAUAUUUGCAAUACUGAAAAUACUAUUUGUAAAAAAUUUUGCUUUCAACAUCCUUUCAACAACAGCAGUCUCGAAGUGACUGCGAGAUGGGAAAAUAUGCUCUAAUCAAUAUUCAUUUCAGUGUUUGAAAUGUUCCUUAGAUAACUCUCAAGCAUCAAAUACUAAAGUCAGAGCUGAGCGAUGCUAAAGUGGCAUGUAUCUUAGUUUUCCUAACUCAUGGCCACAAAUUCAGCAGGAAAUAGAAUAAAAUGCAACUUUUUGUAAAUAAUUCAAUGGUCUAAGGAGUAUGAUGUGAAAUUCCUACUCGUUUAUAAUAGCUUUAGGUUCCUAUUGUGGUAAUAUUUCUCAAAAUGCUUAAGCAUCUCCUACUUCUGUAGAAGAUUACAUUGUGUCAGUUGUCAAUACAUUUCUGCUAUAAGGAUGACGAUCAUGUUUGAAGGAAAAUAAGGGUAAUAUGCUCUUGCAAGAAAAUUUCUUUUUGAAUCUUAUAUUUGCCAGUUUUGAGAGUUUUUUUUUUUUUUUUACAUCUCAAUUUUUUGAAUUGUACUCUGGAAAAAAAAAUCCUGUUGGUAGGAGGUGGGAGACAUUAUAAAUUCUCAGUGAGGUUAUGAUACUCUCUUGGACUGUUGUGGCCCAAAACCUAUUUCUUGGGGAGAUCAUACCAUGUCGUAAGGCUGGAGCUGGAUGUAAAGCUACAAAGAAAAUCAUUUAUCAGGUUUAUGGUAGGCUGUGGUAGAUGUGAUGAUUGGUUUCAUGGGGAUUGUGUAGGACUGAGUCUGUCACAAGCGCAGCAGAUGGGUGAAGAGGAUAAAGAAUAUGUGUGUGUGAAAUGCUGUGCUGAGGAAGACAAAAAAACAGAGUCUUUUGAUCAAAAUAUACUGGAUACCCAAGUGAAACUUGAAAUCCAUAGAGAAGAAAGAACAAUGGAAUGUGAAAAACCUGGGGUGUCAAAGCAAACAUCUACUUGUAAUCCAAGUGUCACUGAGAAAACAAAGCAAGCAGAGGACACAGUGAAGCACAAAGUCAAAAUUUUUAGACGGGAAUCUGGUGAGGGGAAGAACCUGUCAGAAUGCAGAGACUCUGAUACUAAAAAAGGGCAACAUGUUGCUACUCGGAAAGCAUCACAGGCUGCUAUACCUCCUCGGAGGUCCUCUGAAGAUAAAAAUGAAAAAAAAGAGUCCCCUAAUGUGGUUGAAAAACACUCAAAAUCAGGUGUUCAUGAGAAACAAGAAACUAAGAAAAAGAAAAUUGAGAAAGGAGGAUCAAGUAGUACAACACAUCUGCCAGCUGUGUCAGCUUCAAAACCUUCUGCUGAUCAGAUAAGACAAAGCGUCAAACAAUCUCUUAAAGAAAUUCUCAUGAAAAGAUUGACAGACUCCAAUUUAAAGAUACCUGAGGAGAGAGCAGCAAAAGUUGCCACAAAGAUAGAAAAAGAACUGUUUUCUUUUUUUCGGGACACUGACUCAAAGUAUAAGAACAAAUACAGAAGUUUAAUGUUCAAUCUAAAAGAUCCCAAAAAUAAUAUAUUGUUUAAGAAAGUGCUUAAAGGAGAUGUUACUCCAGACCAUCUAAUAAGAAUGAGCCCAGAGGAACUGGCUUCCAAAGAACUGGCUGCUUGGAGACAAAGAGAAAACAGACAUACAAUUGAAAUGAUUGAGAAAGAACAGAGGGAAGUUGAAAGACGACCUAUCACAAAAAUUACUCACAAAGGAGAAAUAGAAAUUGAGAGUGAAACACCAAUAAAAGAGCAAGAAGUUAUGGAAGUUCAGGAACCUAAUAUGAUAAAGUUGUCUGAGAAGCCAGAGGAAGCUGAAAAAGAUAAAGAAGCAAACGAGUCUGCAUCUCCAGACACCACAAGUCAACACAAAAAUCAUCUCUUUGAUCUUAACUGCAAAAUCUGCAUAGGCCGAAUGGCACCACCUACUGAUGAUCUUUCUGCAAAAAAAGUGAAAGUGUCUGUUGGAGUUGCACGUAAGCAGUCAGACAAUGAAGCAGAGAGCAUUGCAGAUGCACUUUCUUCAACAUCAAGUAUUUUAGCUUCAGAAUUAUUGGAAGAUGAUAAACAAGACUUAUCAAAAUCAUCUUUCUCCUCUCUCCCAAGAUCAGAAACACCUGGUACUGUGGAAAGUGAAGCUUUAUUUCUGGCACGCUUAAAUUUCAUCUGGAAGGGUUUUAUCAAUAUGCCUUCUGUGGCAAAGUUUGUUAUUAAGGCCUACCCAGUCUCUGGCUCUUUUGAGUAUUUAACAGAGGAUUUACCAGAUAGUAUUCAAGUAGGUGGCAGGAUAUCUCCUCACACUGUCUGGGAGUAUGUAGAAAAAAUUAAAGCUUCAGGAACCAAGGAAAUCUGUGUAGUUCGCUUUACCCCUGUAACUGAAGAGGAUCAGAUAUCCUAUGCUUUGCUGUUUGCCUAUUUCAGCAGCAGAAAACGUUAUGGUGUAGCUGCCAAUAACAUGAAGCAAGUGAAAGAUUUAUAUCUCAUCCCUUUAGGUUCUUCAGAUAAAGUUCCACAUCAUCUUGUACCUUUUGAUGGGCCUGGGAUUGAAGUACAUCGACCAAAUCUAUUAUUGGGAUUGAUAAUUCGCCAGAAAAUGAAGAGACAGAUUACUGCUGUUGCAAGUGUUAGCAGUAGCUUUAUGGAUGAAGUUUCUGAAAGUACGCUGAGUAACUUACCACCAGAGAAGAAAAGCAAGCCAAACAAACCUGAAGUCUCUCAUAAUGACUUGACACUAGAAGAAGAAGAAGAAAAUGAUUUUUUUAAUUCCUUCACAACUGUGCUACACAAGCAGAGAAAUAAAUCUCAACAGUCUAAUACAGAAGAUGUUCCUGCAGUUAUUGAACCUUUAGUGGAAAGUACCAAACAUGAACCACCGAAGCCUCUCCGAUUCCUUCCUGGAGUCCUGGUUGGAUGGGAAAAUCAACCUUCUACUCUAGAGCUAGCAAAUAAACCACUGCCAGUGGAUGAUAUUCUUCAAAGCCUGUUGGGUACUACAGGGCAGGUAUAUGAACACAGUAAGUCAGAAGCAAGCCCCAGCAAAGACAUACCAUUGUUAAAUGAAGAAGCAACCUUAAAAGAAGAAAACGUGGAUGUUGCUGAGGUAACUACUGAAACUGAUGAAACAAAGACUAGCUUGGAUAGUCUACAAGAAUCCACAAAUGCUGCUGUAACAGUGGAUGCAGCAGCUGUAGGGUCUUCAACUUCUGCGAGAAGUCCUGGAACUUUGAUAGGCCUUAGUCUGAAAGGAAAACCUCCAGAUGUUUCCACAGAAGCAUUUUUAGCAAACUUAUCUGCUCAGUCACAGAACAAAGAAACUGAGGAAAGUAAAGAAAAUGAUCCAAAGUGGCAGUUACAUGACAAGGAGAAUGUUGCACAGGAAAACCGAAGGACCACAAAUUCUAGCUUUUCCUCUUCCUCAUCAAAUGCAGGGAAAAAAAGCAAUGAGAACAAUGUUAAUGUAAGCUCUGCUGAAGGUACAGUUGCUAAUACCUCUAAAUCUCCACCAUUUAUUAAUCUCAAAAGAGACCCACGACAGGCAGCUGGACGAAGCCAGCAGACUAAUGCUUCAGAAAACAAGGAAGGAGAUGUAAGCAAAAGUGAAGACCGACAAAAUGUUUCAGGAGAUGAGCAGAUGGAAAUAGAGAAUAAACAGUCUUCUGGUGAAAAGGACGUGAACUUGUAUCAAGCUGAUGCACAAGCAAAUGAGAUGCAGUUUAGUUCAACUGCAAUGAAAGCAGAUAAUGAAUGCACAUCACAAGCCGAAGAUACCAAGAACUUGCCGGAAGAUACCUUGAUGCAAAACAUUGAAACAGUAAACUCAUUUAGAAGAGGACCGGCAACAGGUUCAUCUCAUUUUGAAACAGAAAAUUCUUCUCGUUCUGAAUUUAUUUCCAAAAUCCCAAGCCCUAUUGCAAGUGGCAGCUUCUCAUCUGUUAGACCUCCGCAGCACAAUUUUCAGCAUCCUAAAUCUAAUCCACCUGGAUUUCAGUUUCAGACUCCUACACCACAUAACUUUCCUCCACAAAACAGCCCUAUGUUUGGGUUUCCUCCUCAUCUACCACCUCCACUUCUUCCUCCUCCAGGCUUUGGCUUUCCUCAAAAUCCAAUGAUGCCAUGGCCACCUGUAGUUCAUUUGUCAGGUCAACCACCACACUACACCGGACCUAUUGCACAAGGGCUACCAGUGGCUCACAAACAGUCAAGAUUUCUGGGGCCAGAAAAUUUUUUUCAGAGUAAAGACAGCAGGAGACCAGAAAGACGUCAUAGUGACCCUUGGGGCAGACAAGAACAGCAUUUGGACAGAGGGUUUAGUAGAGGAAAAAAUGAUCAACACAGGCAAAGGUUCUGUAGUGAAUCGCAUCACCAAAAGAAAGACAGGCAUGAAAAAGAAUGGAACAAUGAAAAAUACUGGGAGCAAGAUUCUGAAAGAAAUAGGCGCAGAGACAGAAGCCAGGAAAAAGAGAGAGAGAGGAAGAGUAGGGAGGAAGGACAUAGAGACAAAGAAAGAUUGCGACCUCCACACAAUGAUAAAGGUUCUGAUGGAAAAUGCCCCAAAGAGACUAGAAAUCCAGAAAAAAAGACAGAUAAGCCUAAAGCUGAAGAACAGGCUCAUGAAAAGGAUAAAGAGAGGGAGAAAAGUAGAGAGAAACAUAGAGAACGAGAAAGUGAAAAGAACAGAGACAGACAUAGGGACCACAGUGACAGAACUAAAAGCAAAAGGUAAAAAGAUGCAGGCAGUCUUUCAAAAUCCUAUUUAAAUAAACUGUUAGAGUAAUGUCAUAAAACUUUGUAUAAAAAAAAAAAAAAAGCCUGCUAGGAUUGUGCCAUCUUUUUUUUAUUCAGUGUUGGUGUUUUGCAGAAACAAGUCUGUGUUUUGGUACCAAUCACUGUACCAAUACUCAUCCUUUUUUUCAUUAUACCAACUAUCGCUAGAAGUAGGAGUUUAAUAUUUUUAAAAAUUUUACAUUGCUGUAUAUUCAAAAUUUUAAAGAUUUCUUUUAUUAAUAUGCAAUAAAGGCUUAGAAAUUUUCUUAGCUAAUGAAGUUGGCUUUAGUCAAGUAUGCAAUAUAGUUGCUGCCUUUGGUAAUUUGUGCUCUCUUCUGUUUUAAGAUGCUCUGAUAAUUUUAAAGGUGAAUUUCGUACAAUAACCUUCUUUUUAAAUUGCACUGUUUUUAAAGACUGUAGCAGAGCCUCAGAAUCCACACACAUUACAAAAAAAUAUAAUAUGCUUGGUGAUGUGAAGAGUUCUUUUUAAAUUAUUCAGUAAUACAAUAAAAUAAUUAAAGUGUAUUUCGUUAGUUUUUCAAAUAUUUCCUAAGCAUCUGAAGCAGUUUGUGACCAGAAAUUGGAAGGCUGAGCUGCUUGAAUGUUAUUGCUUUAAACUGCACUUGGUUUAAUAAGAAAACAUUUUUAAACUAAAUUCUUCAAAAUAUGAUUUGUAGUAGUCAUUUCUCGCAUCAUUUUCCAUGCUUCAAAAACUUGAAUACCUAAGCUUGUACAUUACUUUGUGUUUUACUAUCCUUUUUACUGUAAAAUGUAAAUAUUUUAAGGGAUAUUUUGAUUCUGAAACGAUAAAACUUUCUCACAUACUGUGUGUGUUUGAUUUUGUAGAUGUGAAACAGUAGGCUAAAUUAAUAUAGCAAGCUGAGCUGUGGAAUGCCACAUUGCAGCUUUGCUUACGCUUUGUGGCUAGGUGGUUUUGGGUUCUGGGGGGAGGAAAGGGAGGGACAGAAAAUGGUGGGGACAGGGUGUUUCUACCUUUGGGGCUGUCAGUAAGUUCAAAUUUUGUAAGGACUGACAUCCACUGAUUAAAAAACAAAAACAAGCCCCAAACCUAAAAACAACCCAAAACCUCCUAUUCUUACAGUUUUUCUUCAAAUACACUGUUCAUUUUGUUGAGUUAUUUAAAAACAACAAAAUAUUCCACCACUAGAUUAUUAGAUUUACAGUACUGUCUUUUGGUUUUCCAUUUUUGCUUUGAGUACGUUACCUUAUGUAUUGACAUAACAUUUUGCACUUCACGUUAGAAAAGCCUGUUCUUUCCAAGUUGAUCUUCCCAGUUUAACAUCAGCCUAUUGUUAAUUUUUAAAAUUGUGAAUAUAUUUGAAAGUAACAUUUCAUUUGGAGAUACUGCACAUAGCUUCAUAGCCAAAUUGACUAAAAAUUAAAAAUCUUGCACCAAAUAAAGGUGACUGGACUUUAUUCGGUGGUUUUUCUUAGGCCCAUAGUUUAGCUGAUUCGUAAGAAAAAUCCUCAGUUUGUUAGUAAUGAGAAGCAAUAUUUACACUUUUAAAUUAUUUGUAGCGUGAUAAAAUAAUAUGAUUAAACUACCUGCGCCAAAUGAAUUCCAUAAUCUGUGUAGCAGUAGUGCUAUUAUGUCUGGUAGUACUCUGCACAUGUCGUGCUGCUUGAGUAUUUACACCACAAUUCUUGGAUACAAGGAUGCACAGGAAAUGUAAAUUGGAUACCAUUUUAUGUUGAAUCUGGUUAUUUGUAAUGACACUUGUUGGAUUUAUUUUAAUUAAUGUAUAUUACUGUUCAGCCAUUUUAAGAACUAAAACUUAGAACUAACAGGAUCAUCUGGAGACCUCUAGAAGAUCCUUAAAAGAAUCCUUUGUCUUUUUAUGGACCUUGUGGGAAAGGUAGGGAGUUACUUUAGGAGAAUUGUUUUGUGUAAGUUAGGUAUCCACAACAGUGGGCUGAAUCCUUGAUGGUUUGUGUUGCUUAUUUUUAAUAUGAUUUGAGAUGGACUAAUUGUUUUGGUGUUGGAUUAAGUUUUAAGUAAAAUCGGUAGCUUUGCUUGUAAA